UCCCUCCGGUGUUCCCUCACUGUGCUAAGACACACCUAAUUAUCCUGGCAUAUUGUAAGAGCUUCCAUAACGCUAGAGAUGGACAUUCAAACUGUCAUGAUGUUUGCCCUCUUCAUCCUGCCUGGACCUCAAAUAGAUUGCAUCGCUCUCGGUGGUAUUGAUGUGUUGGUGCACAAGAUGAACCAAGAGAUGGAACGAGUGCUUUUCGCUGCCAGAGCCAAUUGUCCCGCUUGUGAGAAAGGAUGCGUGGGGCCUUGCUUCAGGGACAUCUUGGAAGAACUUGAUGGUGACAUUAAACUGCUCAGAGGGAAAUCCAGCAGCAUUGACGUCGCUUCAGACUGCAGUCGUGGCAUGUAUAGGACAGACAGUGAUCGUAGUGGUGAUGAGUAUGAGGGUAUCAGGGAUGGUGGUGAUGAUGGGGGUACCAGGAGUGGCAGCGAUACCUAUGGAUGGUAAGAUGGCAUCUCCACUGGACACCACAGAGUUACCUGCCCCUGUCUGACUUAUGAUGUCGAAAAUACAUU